AUGGACAAUUCUUUAAAGAAAGCUGAAACAUCUCUUAUUCCAAGCAACGUCAGAGCCAGAAUAGUAUUUCAAUGUUAUUUAUUGUCGCUCGGAAUCACCUUAAUGGUAUUAUCUAUUAUUGCUUAUGUUUCAUUAUCAGAAAAUAUAAUUUAUAUUAGAAAUAUUGUUUAAAAUUGGAACACUUUGCCUAUCAAAUCCAUUAGAUAAACUUAGGGAGACUGUUUACAAAAUGAAGAAUAUAUAAAUCAUUACAUAUGGCCUGGGAUAAAUUAAGGUUGCGAUUGUAGAGAUGGAGAUUAAUAUAUUGCUCCAAGGAGAAUAUUAUUUGAGAGAACUGAUGAAUUAUUCCAAAAAGAGUGCAAUGAUACGAUGAGGGAUGCAGGAUGUGAAGAUAUUGAUGAAAUGGGUUCAAGAGAUUUUAAAUGUGUGCCAGUUGAAUUUGGUACAAAAAAAUUAAGUUUUUGUGGUUAAAGGGAAUAAGGAAAUAAUAGCUUUGCAUAGAAUUCACCAAAAAUAAAUGAAUGUAAAGUAAAUGAAUUAAAAUGUGGAACAGUUUCAGAUUAUUUUUAUUGUACUAAAGAAAAAGAAUGUCCUAUUUUUUAAAUAAAAAAUAAUUUGAAUUUUUAACUUGGAACUUAAGAUUAUUUCUAGAUUCUCAGAGAAAAUGAUUAUACUUUACCUUUGGUUGAAUUUAAAAUUGCUUAAGGGGAUGGAGUUUGUAGAAAAGUAAAUGAUAGAAGUAUUACAUCUGGAAGAUCUAAUUAUGAUUUAAUUUCAGAUCCUGGACUUGAAUGUGAAAGAGAUUCAAGAUUUAAAUUAAUUUAUAAAUUUAAUGAGUAUAAAUUCUUCUAAGCCAAUGAUGCUUUAGAUAUUGCUAAAUAAGCACCAGGCUAUGAAAUAUCAAGUUAAUAUUAAUGGGGUUUAUAUGGACGACAUUAUAUUAACUUUACUUUAAGUUGCAGAAAAUAUUAAUAAGAAUUUAUAGAAUCUAUAGAUGUUUUAGAGGACAUUGAUAUCAAAUAAUUAGUUUUAAUGAUAAUCUCAAUCAUUUGUCUAGUGCUUUUUAUUAUUUUAUUUAUUUUAAAUUGUUGUACAAUAAAGGGAGUUGAUCUACCUUGUAUAAAAGGAAAAGGAACUUAAGAAUCAAAUACCUUAUUUUGUAUAUAAGCUGGAAUUAAAGAAACUUUCUAGUUAAUUUAAGCCAUCAUAGCAAUUAUAAGUUUUUCAGCAGUAAACACUCAAGUUAAAUUUUACUCUUAGUUAAUUGAUGAAGGCUGUUCUGACGUUGUAACAUUAGAUGACAUAUAAACCAUACGAGAUGUGUUAGAAAAAAAGAUUUAUAAUUACAAUUUGGCAUAUAUUGUAAUGUUUUUUAUAGGAGCAUGCAUAGAUUUAAUAGUUGGAUUAUUACUCUUGAAAAGUUAUUAUCAAGAAAGAAAGAAAUUGGCUUAAAUACGUAAUCAAGAACAACAAUAAGACUGGAGAAAGAAUAAUAUUCAGAGUAAUCCUGAUCAAGAAGUUUUUAAAUAAGAAAAUUUAAAUGCAUAAUUUAAUAAUUUUCAAUAUCCGCCAAAUUUUUAUCCUUAACAGUAAUAAAAUAUUGGGGCAGAAUACAUACAACAAUAUCCUCAAACCAAUUAUUAAUAAUAAUAGUAAUACAAUUACCAAAAUCAGCCAAUCUAAAAUUAAUAAUUCUAUUAAAAUCCUAUCUAGAAUUGA